AUGAGUUUUAUUCCUCCUUUCCUAAAAAUGUAGGCAUGCGUGGUCUCAUCUGUCUCCCAGAAGAAGAAAAGCUCGGCAACUUUAGAAGGGAUGCUUUGGAAGCAGAAAUUGAUCUAUUUAUGAGCGAAAGAGAGAAGUACCUAUUAUAGUCUCCCUGCAGAAGCUCAGUCUGCUUUCCCUGUGGCAGAGAAAAAGGUCCAUUUGACACCAACCAGAGCCUCUCGCAACAAAAGAUCCAUCAGGACCACAGAGGAGGUGCCACCAACAACAGGGGCCAGAAGGAUGCCAGCAACAAAUAUUCCAUCCUGUCUUUUUUGUGAGGGAUCAGAACCAGAUCAGAGACCAGUGACCUUUGAGGAGGUGGCUGUGUUCUUCACACAGGAGGAGUGGGCGUUGCUGGAUCCCGACCAGAAGGCGCUGCAUCAGGAAGUCAUGGAGGAGAACUGGCAAACUGCCUCCUCUCUUGAAAUUAUCCAUAGGGAGAUAAGUGUAUGUCCCCACUGUGGAAAGCGUUUUAGAUACAAAUUAGAGCUUGUUGAACAUCCAAGAACCCACACGGAAGAGGAAAGGUAUAUCCGAGAGAAGCCCUACGAACAUAUUAUGUGUAGAAAACAGUUUGCCACAAAGAAAGCGCUGCUACUUCACAAAAGGGUCCUCACCGGAAAGAAGCGCUUUGUAAGUGAACUGCCUACGAAGUCUUUGCAUCGUGAGUUACCUCUUGUUAGUCAUGUAACUGUCCACAAAAGAUGGGAAGAAUACAAAUGCCAGCAAUGUGGGAAGUCUUAUAGCAGCAGUUUCAACCUUCUCAUUCAUCAGAGAGUCCACACAGGAGAGAAACCAUACAAAUGCCAAGAGUGUGGGAAAUGUUUUUCGUACAGUUCACACCUUGUGACUCAUAAUAGAGUCCACACAGGAGAAAAACCCUACAAAUGCCAAGAGUGUGGGAAAUGUUUUGCUCGGAGCUCACAACUUUUGAGCCAUAACAAAGUCCACACAGGAGAGAAACCAUACAAAUGCCAGUAUUGUGGGAAAUGUUUUGCCCACAGUUCACAACUUGUGAACCAUAAGAGGGUCCACACAGGAGAGAAACCCUACAAAUGCCAGGAGUGUGGGAAAUGCUUUGCUCGGAGUUCACAGCUUCUGAGCCAUAAUGAAAUUCACACAGGAGAGAAACCAUACAAAUGCCUGGAGUGUGAGAAGUGUUUUCCAAACAGUUCACAGCUUGCAAGCCAUAAUAGAGUCCACACAGGAGAGAAACCCUACAAAUGCCUGGAGUGCGGGAAAUGUUUUGCUCAAAGUUCAUCACUUGUAAUUCAUAAAAGAGUCCACACAGGAGAGAAGCCCUACAAAUGUCAAGAGUGUGAGAAAUGUUUUGCUCGAAGUUCAGAUCUUGUGACUCAUAAUAGAGUUCACACGGGAGAGAAACCAUACAAAUGCCAAGAGUGUGGGAAAUGUUUUGCUCACACUUCAGAUCUUUUGACUCAUAAUAGAGUUCACACAGGAGAGAAACCAUACAAAUGCCAAGAGUGUGGGAAAUGUUUUGCUUACAGUUCACACCUUGUGACUCAUAGUAGAGUCCACACAGGAGAAAAACCAUACAAAUGCCAGGAGUGUGGAAAAUGUUUUGCUCAGAGUUCGCGACUUCUGAGCCAUACAAAAGUCCAUACAGGGGAGAAACCAUACAAAUGCCAGGACUGUGAGAAAUGUUUUGCCCACAGUUCACAGCUUGUGAGCCAUAAGAGAUUCCACACAGGAGAGAAACUUCACAGAUGCCAAGAAUGUGAGAAAUGUUUUGCUCACAGCUCACAACUUCUGAGUCAUAAGAAAAUCCAUACAGGAGAGAAACCAUACAAAUGCCAGGACUGUGAGAAAUGCUUUCUCCACAAUUCACAGCUUCUGAGUCAUAAAAAAGUCCAUACAGGAGAGAAACCCUACAAAUGCCAGGAAUGUGGGAAGUGCUUUCUCUACAAUUCAUUGCUUGUCUCUCAUAAGAGAGUCCACACAGGAGAGAAACCAUACAAAUGCCAGGAAUGUGGGAAAUGUUUUGCUGACAGAUCACAUCUUGUGAGUCAUAAGAGAGUCCACACAGGAGAGAAACCAUACAGAUGCCAGGAUUGUGGGAAAUGUUUUGUCUACAAUUCACUGCUUGUGAGUCACAGGAGAGUUCACACAAGAGAGAAACCAUACACAUGCCUGGAGUGUGGGAAAUGUUUUGCCAAUAGUUCACAGGUUGUGAGUCAUAAGAGAAUGCACACAGGAGAGAAACCAUACAAGUGCCAGGAGUGUGGGAAAUGUUUUGCCGACAGUUCGCAGCUUGUGAGUCAUAAGAGAAUGCACACAGGAGAGAAACCGUACAAAUGCCAAAUUUGCGGGAAAUGUUUUGCUGAGAAUUCAAACCUUGUGAGGCAUAAGAGAAUCCACACAGGAGAAAAACCAUACAAAUGCCAAGAGUGUGGAAAAUGUUUUGCUGAGAAUUCAAAUCUUGUGAGGCAUAAGAGAGUCCACACAGGAGAGAAGCCAUACAAAUGCCUGGAUUGUGGGAAAUGUUUUGCCAACAGUUCACACCUUGUGAAACACAAGAGAGUCCACUCUGGACAGGUUAGAACUAGCACUUUGAACUAUGCCUUGAAGCAGAUUGGCAGUCAGGGGAGUUGCUAUAAUGGAGGUUAUGUGAUCCGCGUAAUCGUGAGAUGUAUGACAGUCCACCCAGGAGAGAAACCAGGCAAAUGCCAGGAAUGUGAAAAAUGUUUUGCUGACAGAUCAGAUCCUAUGAGUCAUAAGAGACUCCACACAGGAGAGAAAUCAUCAAAUGUCAAGAGCCUGAUCCCAGGACAAGGAGAGAUGUCGAGCUGGGUGAGAGAAUGUGGAGCCAAGACCACUUCCCAGGCGGUGUCGCUGGCAGAAGAUUUCCUGAGUCUGAGUCAGGAAGAAGAGAAAAAACAAGGAGAGGAAAAGCACAGAAAUCUCCUUUUGACACCAGAAAAAGUCCCCAAAGACAAGAAAGCCCGGAAAUCUCCUUUCGACGCCAGAAAAAGUCCCCAAAGACAAGAAAGCCAUCAAGGCAACGAGGAAAGUUCCAGUUCAGUAGGGUCUGGGAAAAGGCCAACAACAAGUAUUCCUUCAUCUUUUCCUGGUGAUGCAGCAGAACCAGAUCAGGAUCCAGUUACCUUUGAGGACGUGGCCGUGUCCUUCACCCAGGAGGAGUGGGCGCUGCUGGAUCCUGACCAGAAGGCCCUCCACCAGGAAGUCAUGGAGGAGAACUGGCAAAUGAUAUCCUCUUUCGAUCUAUCUGAUUCUUUGGUUCUGUCUCUCCUGCAUUUGUCCCACUUCCUCGGAGAAAACUGGAGGAAGAAAAAUAUAUAUCCCAAAUCUGGGAAGAGUGUUAUGCAUCAGUUAGAGGUUACCAGAUGCCAGAGAAUACAUGCAGAAACGGAAAGCUGCAUUCCGGAGAAGCCUUACACAUGCAUUGUGUGUGGAAAACAUUUUGCCAUGAAGAUAGCACUGAUGCUUCACAAAAGGCUCCACACUGGAAAGAAGUGCUUUGUGAGUGAAAUGACUGGGAAAUGUUUAAGUUGGAUGCAACCCUUUGUGAAUUUUGAAAAAAAGAAACCAUAUAAAUGCCAGGAGUGCGGGGAAUGUUUCGGUCGAAAAUCACACCUUGUAACUCAUAAGACAGUUCACACAGGUGAGAAACCAUACAAAUGCCAGGAGUGUGGGAAAUGUUUUGCUCGAAAUUCACAUCUCUUCAACCAUAAGAAAGUCCACACAAGAGAGAAACUAUGUAAAUGCCAGGAGUGUGGGAAACAUUUUGCUCAAAAUUCAAGUCUUUUGAAGCAUAAAAUAAUCCACACAGGAGAGAAACCGUACAAAUGCCAGGAGUGUGGGAAAUGUUUUGCUACGAAUUCAUACCUUGUGAGUCAUAAGAGAGUCCACACAGGAGAGAAACCAUACAAAUGCGAGGAGUGUGAUAAAUGUUUUGCUCACAGUUCACAGGUUGUGAAUCAUAAGAGAGUCCACACAGGAGAACAUCCAUACAAAUGCCAGGAGUGUGGGAAAUGUUUUACUCAGAAUUCAACCCUUUUGAGUCAUAACAGAGUCCACACAGGAGAGAAACGGUAUAAAUGCCAGGAGUGUGGAACUCGUUUUGCUCAGAAUUCACACCUUUUGAUGCAUAAGAUAGUCCAUACAGGAGAGAAACCAUACAAAUGUCAAGAGUGUGGGAAAUGUUUUGCUUGGAAAUCAAACCUUGUGAAGCAUAAGAGACUCCACACAGGAGAGAAACCAUACAAAUGCCAGGAGUGUGGUAAAUGUUUUGCUGAGAAUUCAACACUUAUGAGUCAUAAGAGGAUCCACACAGGAGAGAAACCGUAUAAAUGCCAGGAGUGUGGAAAAUGUUUUGCUGAGAAUUCAACACUUAUGAGUCAUAAGAGGAUCCACACAGGAGAGAAACCGUAUAAAUGCCAGGAGUGUGGAAAAUGUUUUGCUGAGAAUUCAACACUUAUGAGUCAUAAGAGGAUCCACACAGGAGAGAAACCGUAUAAAUGCCAGGAGUGUGGAAAAUGUUUUGCUGAGAAUUCAACACUUAUGAGUCAUAAGAGGAUCCACACAGGAGAGAAACCGUAUAAAUGCCAGGAGUGUGGAAAAUGUUUUGCUGAGAAUUCAACACUUAUGAGUCAUAAGAGGAUCCACACAGGAGAGAAACCGUAUAAAUGCCAGGAGUGUGGAAAAUGUUUUGCUGAGAAUUCAACACUUAUGAGUCAUAAGAGGAUCCACACAGGAGAGAAACCAUACAAAUGCCAGGAGUGUGGUAAACGUUUUGCUGAGAAUUCAACACUUAUGAGUCAUAAGAGGAUCCACACAGGAGAGAAACCAUACAAAUGCCAGGAGUGUGGUAAACGUUUUGCUGAGAAUUCAACACUUAUGAGUCAUAAGAGGAUCCACACAGGAGAGAAACCAUACAAAUGCCAGGAGUGUGGUAAACGUUUUGCUGAGAAUUCAACACUUAUGAGUCAUAAGAGGAUCCACACAGGAGAGAAACCAUACAAAUGCCAGGAGUGUGGUAAACGUUUUGCUGAGAAUUCAACACUUAUGAGUCAUAAGAGGAUCCACACAGGAGAGAAACCAUACAAAUGCCAGGAGUGUGGUAAACGUUUUGCUGAGAAUUCAACACUUAUGAGUCAUAAGAGAAUCCACACAGGAGAGAAACCGUACAAAUGCCAGGAGUGUGGGAAAUGUUUUGCUCGAAGCUCACAGCUUGUGAAUCAUAAGAGAGUUCACACAGGGGAAAAACCAUAUAAAUGCCAGGACUGUGGGAAAUGUUUUGCUUUGGCCGGUCGUCUUGUAUUGAGAUUAAAAAAUGUUCACCUGAGAUAGAGUGAUAUUCACUUUUGGCAAUACUCCCCUGGCUUGUCAACUAAGGAGAAUAGUUAAAUCAAACAUCCAAUUAAUUUCCCUGAUAAUCUGUGAUUGCUCCAAAACAUAUGCAGGAAACACGGCAAGGCCAGUUAAAAUCAGGAUGCAAGAACACCAGUCAAGGAUUAGAAAUGAAGUGAUGGAUGCGCCACUAGUAAGUCAUUUUGUAGAAAUGGGUUUGUGAUCGGGUUCCUCAUAAAUCUGGAGCAGUUCUUCUCUUUUGGUGGGAAAUAACAAAAGAAUCUAUUUUUGAACAUCAACGGUUUUAUUGAACUUCACAUUAGGUGAAUGAUCACCUCUACCGGUUCUAAUAAACUCACAUCAGGCAACUGUCCAUUGUGGAGUGAUAACAAAUUAGUCUUUGAAUUGACAUGACGUAUGAAGAGACUGGUCCAAACCGUUCGGGAUCAAUGGGCUUCCUCAGGGGUGUACUCCUCACCACACAGAUGGUCCCACAACAGGGAUGUCUGACCCAGUUGCCCUUCAGUGGUGGACUGUUGAAUGAGGAGUCCGGUCUGACCACCUUCUUCCAGCGAUCUUGUCCUUGCGGAUACACCACUACUGCCCAUUCUAGAGAGUCUAUAUGUGUCCCGUUUCCUUUGGAGUUGUCUGGGUCCAGUAACAAUCCUCUGGUCUUUAGAUUGGGAAAGACUUCUAACAAUCCUCUCAUUAUAUUCUGUUCGGCUUCUUUAUCCUUUUCUCCUCUUCCCUCUCUUUUCUGAUGUGCCCGGAAUUCUAAAUUGUCUGAUCUCUUAUAUCUUCUUCCGAUACGGUAAAACUUACUCCUCUCUCUCUUCCUCCUCCACUAAGCAAACCUCAAUCUUUUCCUCUCUCUCUUUCAUCUCCCUCCUCAUCUCUUUCCUCUUUUAACCCUGUUUUUAACUACUUCAUCCUGUGCGAGUGUCUUUUGUUGAGGGGACUGCUCACUCCACUUUCUCUUUUUUUCUUUAUCUCUCCUUCACAGGGUCACAAAGAAGAUAGCUUUAAAUUUUUUGUACUGUAUGUUACUAUAAAGACAGGUGAGGAAGCUAUAUCCAAAGAUCUCCUACAGAAGGGAAUAACAUGGAUAUUCAGAUUAAAAUCUCUUAUUUCAAAUGGUUUCAAUGCCAAUAUUGAUUACACUUUUUUAAUGAUUUUUCUUAUGGAGUGAUGAGACAUGUCUGUAUUUCUUUGUCCUGUGCUUGUACUAUCAUUUUAAAUUCCUCUGUUAAAGUAGUUCAACAGCUGUAAUGAGUAGAGAGAUGUGUGCUUCGUUUCCAGGGAAUACGAACAGGAAGUGCACCAGCAGAGGUGUCGUGCCGGUCGAUUCCCACUUCCCGGAACCCUCCUAGUCCACUCAUGAGUCUCCCUGCUCAGUUGUGGAGCAGUCAGCUACAGGGAGAGGUGGGGAAGCGCCAGUGGGACUAGUGCUGAGAUUGGUGUGACACAGUUAUUGACAGAGUCGUACGCUGCACAGAGCUGAAUAAUUGCACCGGGCUGUUUCUGGGAAAGUGAAAAUAGACCACCGGACACCUGUAUUGGUGAGCUUCAUAUCUGUAUCCUCUGAAUACAAAUACAGUGGUGCCUCUCACAGCGAGGUUAAUCCGUUGUGUGGAUUCGUCGUUCUAUGGUGCACUUGUUGUGCGAGGCACCACUGUACAAAGCUCACAUCUUGUAAUGCAUUAUUUUGAAGGUAUUUGAGAGCAGAUGUGAACUGCUAUGGUAUGAGGAUUUUAUCUUCUGGGAAGUCCAUUUUGACUGGAAUACUAAGUACACUGAGAAUAAGGUUUUAAUAAAGGGGUAUUAAGUAGUUUUGGAAAUGAGUUUGUAUUUUAAUGUUCUAGGCCCUGUAUUGCCAAGCCUUUGGUCUUAAGGUUUGACAAAGGAAGUGGAACCAGGAAUUUAUGUGAGCCCCGUUCAGCUGGGACAACAUAAGCUUUGACAAAGGAACCGUAACCAUUAUCAAGUAAAACUUUACUGCAAAGGAAUUUCUGGGACUUAAAUCCUUUAUUGAAGUCUUCCAUGUAAAAGCAAUGGACCAGAUGAGCUGAAGAAUUCCUUGAUAGACAUUUUGGCUUCCUGGUGGAUCUGUUUGUUUUCAAUAAAUAUAUUUUGUAUUUAUUGAAAUGUAGUUCAUAUUUCAGGUGAUCAAGUACUUUAAGAAAAUUUAGUUGCUGUAGGAAAUUUGUAUUUAGUCAGACCACACGGUUUUUCUUUUGUUACUUGAUUACAGUAUUACUUUUCUCUUGUUUUGGGUGGCAGUAGUGCUAACUGGCCAGUGAAUCAUCAAUUAAUGGUUUGCUGCUUGUGUCAUUCACUGUGCAUCAAUUCAUACAAUGGAGCACCCACUGCCUAAAUUUCAAUUAAUAUCAAUCCACUGGCACAAUUCACUUUGACCCUGAAGGAUCUCACUGGGAGUAUUCUGGCGAGCAUGUUCUGUUUGGCAUAAUCAAUAGGAAACCAUGUUUUCAGUGAUAUGCAUUGGUUGAAAUUAAAAAGAAUUUUGUUGAAACAGCAGAAAUUAUAUUAGUAUUAGCC